CUUCUCCUGGUGGCUCCGCGCCGGCGACGGGCGGCUGCGGGUGCGGCUGAUGCCCGAGCGCCGCGGCGCCCUCCCGGGCAGCGAGCGCGGGCUGUCGGCGGCCAUCCGCGCCGCCCGUCCCCGCCUCCUCUUCCACGUCUCCGCGGCAGGUCUGAGCCCUUCGGAUCUCCCAGCAAGCAGCCCUCCUCUUCCUCCUGGUUACUCUGCUUGGAACUUGACCUGGGUCAUGAGAGAUACAUCCCCUUUCUUCUCCCAUAGAGGACGACACAUAUUUGACUGCAAUUUUGAAUCUCCUUGUGAGCUGGAAUAUUCCCUUGCCUCAGAAGAUCAAGAAACCCCCAACCACGCCUGGCUCAGACUGAGCGCAGAGGAGAUCUCACAGCUAAACAUCCCAGAUGGGCCAGAGAGAGAUCACUCUGAGAAUACACCUAAAGGUUCGUUUCUGUUUCUCAAUGCAUCUGAGAGGCCAAGCCCUGUCAUCCUGAGCCCUUGGCUGAGAAGCAGCAGUGACCAAUGCACAGUUCAAGUGGCUGUUUAUAAAUUUUACCAGCAGAGUGGAGAAUAUAUUGCUCGUGUCCUUCCCAUUGACGAAAGCAGUGGUGAAAUCUUAUCAGUGGAGAGCCCAGAGAAACAUGGAUGGGUGCUGCUUCAAAGGAGAGUUGGACAUCUAGAGAAACCAUUUCGGAUCUCACUGGAGUAUGUUGCUUAUGGGAACAAGAGCGUAGCGGCUAUAGAUUCCUUUGCAAUGAAGAACUGCAGUACAGGAUCUGCUGCUGGCUCAAAAAUGGCUCUGGAGGGUUCCUUCAGCUGCUGGAAUGGAACAGCGAUCAGGCUGGGACAGGCAUGUGACUUCACCAGGGACUGCGCCGAGGGAGAAGAUGAGGGAGAUAUGUGCAAAAAGCUUCCCUCUGGCUUUUACUGUUCGUUUGAAGAAGGGGACUGUGGCUGGAUGCAAGGCUCCUCUGUGUCCCAUCCUUCUCCAUGGCGGAUUGGAAGUCCGGAGCACAACCGUUUUCCCUCAAUACAAGGUUGUGCACUCCUCCUUAAUACCAGCAAAGCACCAGCAGUAGCAAACACUGUCAUGACCAGCACUGCAUUUCCAGCUCCUUUGAGGAACUCCCACUGUGAGCUACGAAUGUCCUGGCUCGUCCAAGGUGUCUUGCUGGGAAAUAUAUCCCUGGUGCUGGUCGAGAACAAGACAGGAAAGGAACAGAGCCGGGCAUUCUGGCAUUCAGAUAACAGCGAAGGUUUGGGAAUAUGGCAGUGGAUGAUCUUCCCUCUCCCAGAUAUACUGGAUAGGUUUUGGUUUCAGAUCAUCGCUUCAUGGGAAGAAGGGUCUGAUGCCAUUAUUGCUUUUGACAAUGUCUCCCUUAGUCUGGACUGCUAUUUAACAAUCAGUGGAGAGAAGACUCCUCGAGGUACCACUCCAGACUCCAGCAAUUUGCUCACUGGUAGAGGUGGCCAGAAGUUUGGAUGGGAACAAAAGCUUCUGGGAAAUCUCCAGCUCAACACUGCCCCCAUUUCUGGUCCAGCAGAACACUGGCUAUUCACAACAUGUGGUGCCAGUGGACCCUAUGGCCCCACACAGAGCCAAUGCAAUGAUGCCUACAGGAACUCCAACCUCAGUGUGAUUGUAGGAGCUGAAGGGAUUCUCCAAGGCAUUCAGAUCUGGAGAGUACCAGCAACCAACACAUACAGCAUCUCAGGCUAUGGAGCUGCUGGUGGGAAAGGAGGGAAGAAUACCAUGGUCCGGUCCCAUGGUGUGUCUGUGCUGGGAAUUUUUGACCUCCAGAAGGAUGAUACUUUGUAUAUCCUGGUGGGACAACAAGGAGAAGAUGCUUGUCCUAGUACCAAUGAAGUUAUACAGAAAGUCUGCAUUGGAGAGAACAAUGUGAUUGAAGAGGAGAUACGUGUGAACAGAAGUGUCAAUGAAUGGGCAGGAGGAGGUGGAGGCGGGGGAGGUGCAACUUACAUAUUUAAGAUGGAGAAUGGAGAACCGGUCCCCUUGAUAAUUGCAGCAGGAGGUGGUGGCAGGGCCUACAGGGCCAAAACAGACACAUUUCAUCCAGAAAGGCUGGAGAAUGAUUCCUCUGUUCCAGGGCUGAAUGGAAAUUCAGGAGCUGCAGGUGGUGGAGGUGGCUGGAAUGAUAACACUUCCUUCCUGUGGUCAGGAAAAUCCUUGCUGGAAGGUGCUACUGGAGGAAGAUCCUGCCCCCAGGCCAUGAAGAAGUGGGGGUGGGAGACAAGAGGGGGUUUCGGAGGGGGUGGAGGGGGGUGCUCCUCAGGUGGAGGAGGCGGAGGAUAUAUAGGUGGCAAUGCUGCAGUGGACAAUGACCCAGAGAUGGAUGGGGAGGAUGGUGUGUCCUUUAUUAAUCCAAUUGGUACUUUAUACACUCCAGCACUUAAAGUGACAGAGGGGCACGGAGAGGUGGAUAUUAGGCUGCAUCUUAACUGCAGUCACUGUGAGAUGGACGAGUGCCGUGUUGAUCUUGAAACUCAAAAAGUCAUUUGCUUUUGUGAACCAGGCACAGAGUUGGCUGAGGAUGGUGUGUCUUGCAUAGCCGAGCCAGUGGUUCAUCUCCCCCUCUCCUUGGUCUUGUCUGUAGUGACUUCAGCGUUGGUGGCUGCUUUAAUUUUGGCUUUUUCAGGAAUCAUGAUAGUAUAUCGUCGGAAGCACCAGGAGCUACAAGCCAUGCAGAUGGAGUUACAGAGCCCAGAAUAUAAACUGAGCAAGCUGCGUACCUCCACUAUCAUGACAGACUACAAUCCCAACUACUGCUUUGCAGGAAAGACCACAUCCAUUAGUGACCUCAAAGAGGUGCCUCGAAAAAACAUCUCUCUCAUCCGGGGUUUGGGCCACGGAGCCUUUGGUGAGGUAUAUGAAGGUCAGGUGGCAGGGAUCCCCAGCGACCCCACUCCCUUGCAGGUGGCUGUGAAAACAUUGCCAGAAGUGUGUUCAGAGCAAGAUGAGCUGGAUUUCCUCAUGGAAGCUCUCAUUAUUAGCAAGUUCAACCACCAGAACAUUGUGCGCUGUAUCGGCGUGAGCUUGCAGGCACUGCCCCGUUUCAUCCUGCUGGAGCUCAUGGCUGGGGGUGACCUGAAAUCCUUCCUGAGAGAGACACGGCCUAGACCGAAUCAGCCCUCCUCCCUUUCCAUGCUGGACUUGCUCCAUGUGGCUCGUGACAUUGCUUGUGGGUGUCAGUACCUGGAGGAGAACCACUUCAUUCACAGGGAUAUUGCUGCCAGGAACUGCCUCCUUACCUGUCGAGGGCCUGGGAGAGUGGCUAAAAUUGGAGACUUUGGAAUGGCCCGGGAUAUAUACAGAGCCAGCUACUAUCGGAAGGGUGGGUGUGCAAUGUUGCCUGUCAAAUGGAUGCCUCCUGAGGCUUUCAUGGAAGGGAUAUUUACAUCAAAAACAGACACAUGGUCCUUUGGCGUGUUGCUGUGGGAGAUAUUCUCUUUGGGAUACAUGCCCUACCCUAGCAAAAGUAACCAGGAAGUUCUGGAGUUUGUCACCAAUGGAGGAAGGAUGGAUCCACCUAAAAACUGCCCUGGCCCUGUUUAUCGCAUUAUGACCCAGUGUUGGCAGCACCAGCCUGAAGACCGGCCGAAUUUUGCCAUAAUCCUGGAGAGGAUCGAGUACUGCACCCAGGAUCCAGAUGUCAUCAACACUGCUUUGCCAGUAGAGUAUGGCCCAUCAGCUGAGGAGGAGGAGAAGGUAGCGAUGUGCCCCGAUGAUCCAGAAGGAAUUCCUCCUCUCUUGGUCUCCACACACCAAGACAGAAAGGAUGACAAGCAAACUCUGCCAUCUCCACCACCCCUACCAUCAACCAUCACUGCUGGGAAACCUCUAGGGAAAGUGGGAGCCUUGGAACCACCAGUGCCAGGGAAGGUGCAGUCAGCAUCAGCGGGAGGACAUAUCAACAUGGCCUAUGCCCAAUCCAAUCCUCCAUCUGAGCUGCAUAAAAGCCGGGGCUCCAGAAACAAGCCCACCAACCUCUGGAAUCCAACCUAUGGUUCUUGGUUUGCGGAGAAGCAGGCCAGCAAAAACAGUUCUCUGCUGGAGAAGGAGAUGCCUGAGAGGGAGAAUUUGGGACAGGAAGGAAACUGUACUGUGGGGCCCAACAUUGUGACUGGCCGGCUGCCAGGCUCCUCCCUGCUAUUAGAGCCAUCUUCCCUAACAGCAAGCGUUAAAGAAGUGCCUCUCUUUAGGCUCCGCCACUUCCCCUGCGGGAAUGUCAACUAUGGAUAUCAACAGCAGGGCUUGCCCUUGGAGGCCUCCACGCCGCCCUGCGCUGGCAGUUACGAGGACCCCAUCCUUAGAAACAAGAGCCACAUAACCCAGCAGGGGCUGUGAGAGCCCUCUAUCCUCUUGACUUUCCCCCCCGUGGCCCCUGAGCCUUGAAGAGACAUCCCAUUACCCAAUACACUACGAGCAAGGGAUCUGACAGCAUUACCUUCUGUUUUGUGCCAACUUGCUCCAAAAGUGCCACCCUUGAAGCCGUAAUUUCAACUACCCUGAAAGGCUUCAAAUCACCGGAGCCCAAAUACAGCAAAAUAAACAAGGGGGAGGGAGGAUACAGGAAAGAUGUUACCUGCAAGGCCCAGCUGCUGUUGCAUCAACUCAUACGCAUGGUUGUUGUCAUGCCCUUCCUGUGAGCUUUUCCCAGUUGUGCGUUCUCUGCUUAAGUGUAAAGCCGUGGCUCACUGACUUGAGUGUUUCAUGUCCAUGCCAAACUUGUGGUUGCUGUGGAACACCUGGAGAUCUCCUGCAGCUGGCAGAGGUUGUAGUGGGUUUGGGGAGAGCGUCCUCUAUCCAAACCGAAACAGGAUACAACAGUGCUGAUGGGUGACGCGAUGGCAUGUUCCCAGGUUGUGUUCCAGCUACAGUCCAGUCUUCGAAAGUCCUUGAAUGCACAGCAGUUAUGGGGGUGUUGGCAGGGCAAUACAAAGACACUGGUCACACUGCUUCGCUCAGAAGAGAGAGGAGAGGAUGCCAAAGGAUGGGUGUAGGUGCUAUGAGGCAUUCUGGGUUGGGAGGAGCAUUGUUUGGCUGGGGUUUUUUGGUUUUCUUUUUCCUGUGCUUUAAGCACUAAAACUGAGUAAAGCCCUUUAAAAUUCCUCUGUCCUACAAAAGUAGGAAUGUCCUUCAUCAGGAACUUGUGUGUGUCAAGUGGAACCAAGGUGAAGUUUCGGAGGACCAUGCCCUGAAAAUGGAGAGCCACCUGCAUACCUCAGAGGUUUACAGUAGCCUUUGACAUACCCUGUACAAAUAACAACGUAAAGGCAGAAGACUACAUCGUGCCACAAUCCGGAUGCCAGACACUGUAUUUGAAGGGUUUAGAGCCCUUGUUCCUUUAAUGAAACACAUGUAUGAUAGUGGUUUAAAGACAAACACUGCAUUGACUCAUUUUGUACACCUUGUGCAUGAAAAGUAUUCCAGUUAAGUGUAUUGUCAAAAACAUAGAUGUAGGAAAUAAUUCAUGUGUAAAGAUGUGCAUUAGUAACUUCAACUUAGGGUUGUGAGGAGCUGUUUUAGCAUGAACACUACCAAAAAAAGAGGUGCCUGUUUCCAUAGAAAUGGGUGUACUGGAGCACCAGCAGAGGAAUGCGAAGGUGUUCUUCAGUCCGAGACUCUUCGUUUCAGUGAAGUGAUGCUGAGCUUGGCCCUGGAUCCAAACACUGAGGUGUUCUCCUCACUCUACAGUGGAAAAGCAGGAAGCGGUAGGAUCUACAGGACUCAAAGCGUGACUGGGAGAAUCUUGCACUAUGACUCCCACACUCUGGAAAUGGCUUAUUCCCACAUGGAUGUUACCUGUUUCCUGUAGAUGUUAGGUAGGUUUCUGAUUCUGUAAGCUGCUGAAGGUGAACUAGGUUGGGGUGCCUGUUCAUCCUCCUUUGCAGUUGUCUCUUCACCUUCCUUCUCACUACUGAACCUUGCUUCUCCAUCAUGUGCCUGGAAAUGACGCAAGACAAGAAGUUUGGGUGGUUCUGCUUCCUUGAGGAGCAGUGGCAGGCGGGGGGCGGAGGGCACCUCUCCUGUGAGGAAAGGCUGAGAGCAUUGGGGGUGUUGUAUGAUGCAAGAGGUCUGAAAUGGGCUAUGAAGGAUUUGAAUUUGCAUGUCUGCUCCUGCUACUGAUACUGAGCCUGUCUUCUGGGUGACAAGAGCCUUGGCAUAGGAAUAGCUUAAAACAGCCUUCCACAGCAGCAAGGACAUCACUGUCUGUCCCAAAGUUAAACCACAUCACAGGAAAAUGUCCAAAUUGUCUGCAUCUGGCUUCUUUUAGUAACAAGCUUCAUUAUAGGAGUGUCUGUCUCAUGUACAGCAGUUUAUGCAACAUUGUUUAUAAAGGAAGGGCCUGUGCACUUCAGGGAUACUAUGAAGAAAAAUACUAAUAUAUGGUCAUUGAGUAUUUUGUAUUGAAUAGUGUAUUUGUAUUGUAAACAAGUGUAGUGAACCACAAGGCAUGAAGACAAAUAAAAUGACUGUAGCUGGC